AUGAUGAUGUGUCGUGUGUUGUGUUUUCUCGCUUUGGUAUUGAGUGUUGUCUCUUUGUGUGUGACAGCUGAGGCGCCUCCUUCUUCUCUCGCAGUUGGUCCUGGUGGUACUUGUCCUCCUGAGAUGACUUCUUCUGGUGACGGUAAUAAUUGUUCGCCUUCUGCUGGUGCCCCACCACCUCCACCUCCGGGUCCACCACCACCACCUGGUCCUCCUCCUCCUACUCUUUCUGGUAGUGAGGGUACUUGUUCUUCAGGUACUACUUGUAAAAACGGCCGUAGUGAUUCUGAACCUUCUCGUACUAAUUGUGAGACGUCUCCUGGGACGAAAACUUGCAUUCCUAAGGAAACUAAGAAGGAAGACAGUUGCCGUGAUGGAUCUGAUAAUACACAUUGUCCACAAUCACUACAGAAUCCUGGUCGACCUACACCUAAUCCUCGAGAAGAUGGCAAGGUACCUGUACAAACAGGUCCCACUGGUGCUUCUGGUGAACAAGGAGAAUCUGUGGCGGGUGCUGCUGGACGUGGUGGUGGUGAUUCUUCUUCUUCUGACCCUCCUUCUUCUGCUCCUGUUCCUACUCCUAUUUCUACUCCUGCUUCUACUCCUCACCCUCAUGAGGGGAGUGCUGUUGAGUCUUCAGUUGAUGGCCAACCUGGAAGCAACGGCAACAAUACAACACAUGAGGGUGAAACUGGAGAUAACAAUGAAACUGCGGCAACAUAA